AGGAAGAGGCGGCGGAAGAUGUCCGGUACCAUGGUAAGAGCCUCCGUGGAGCACGAUUUCUUCGGCAUCGGCGGCGGUGGCUCCUCCAAGAAACCCACCAUGGGGAGAAUGAAGUCGUUCCGCGAAAUCCAUGGCGAGAUCUCGAGGAUGAGUCCGGAUGUAAUAAAGAGCGUGAUCGCCGCCUCCAGCACAGCAGUGGAGAAGACGAAGACAGCUUUCGCUGCCGCCACGACGCGGCUGCCGGUGCCGAACCCUGAUUCUUCUUUCAGGCAUCCGAAGAUGGGCACCGCUGCUCCUGCAGUGGUGGCUCCACUCACCAUCUUCUACAACGGGGCCGUCACAGUGUUCGAUCUCCCGCAGGAAAAGGCCGAAAACAUUUUGAAGCUGGUGGAGGCAGAGAUCAUCGAGGGAGUUGACGCAUCACCCACAGAGCCGGUGGCAAGCCAAGAGCAAGAUGGAGGAGACCUGCCAAUGGCGAGGAAGAUGUCGUUGUUGCGGUUCCUCGAGAGGCGACAGGGAAAGCAAAUAUAUAAUAGUUAGAAUUUACGAUUUUAUUAUGUAAAAAAAUUAAUAUUUAUUUUUCUCUCCAAAGAAAAAACAUAUAAUCAAAUAUUUCAUUACCAAAUGU